UAAGCGAAGGUAUUAAACCAAUCACAGAACACUGGGUACCAACCCGGCUUACCGUGAGAAACAAAAUGGCGGACGAAGAGAGUGUUGUGCUCAUUGACGAAAAACUAGCAGAAACUGUACGUGGAUUUCCUAUUCUUUUUGAUAAAUCCUUGAAAGAUUUUAAAGAUCGAAACAAAAAGGAUCUUGCAUGGAGUGACGUUGCCACCUCGGUUGGGUUUGCUUCAGGGAAAGAUGCCGAAAAUGCAUUUAAGAACCUUCGUAAUCGUUACACGAGGRAUAAGAAGAAAUUACAGUGUGUAAAAGUGAGUGGCACAGACACAAAGACUGUCAACGAGGUCAAGAGCGAGACAAGUGACAUGUUCCCCUAUUUAGCCUGGUUGGACGAAUAUAUCAAGCCACGCCGUUCAUCAUCGAAUAUGGUUGCCUCCAUGUCUGAAGAUGGUAGCAACAUUGAUGAAGAAGAAGCUUCUGAUGAUAAGACUGAUCCUUCUUUGGACUCGGACUGCAGUGAACCUACAGUUAUUAAAUCCAAGACCACAGGGAGAACAAAAAACAUAAAAAGAUCAAAGAGGGAUGACUUUGAAAGUGCAGGUAUAGAACUAAUAAAGAGUAUUGGGAGUAAACUUGACCAAAGAAAGGAACCCGAGAAGGACAAAGAUGAAGAGACCAUUUUUUCAGAAUUGAUAGGAACUCAGCUGAAAAAGAUGCCUUUGCAUGACAGAUUAAUGGCUAAGAUGGAGAUAAACCAAACAAUGUACAAAUUCAUGAUGAAGAAUACAUCAGAUUACAGUUAUCCCAAUUUUGAGAGCCCCGUAGCAACAAUGCCAAAUCAAUUUGCACGACCUUUCCCUCCCAAUCAGCUUUGUCAACCAGUAACAGGAAUGGCUACAUCUGAUAACCAUCCUUCAYCUGUCACUUCACCCCUGGGAACCUUCAGGAUGACAUCUACUCCUGAAACUCGGUUCCAGAAACCCACAAGGGUCAUGACUCCACCAAUCAAUGAAAUUCAGAAUGUCUUUUCAAGAGAGACUUCAGACAGUGAGACAAAUUUUGAACUAUAUCCUCGUGGAUAUUUCUUUGAAGAGCUUAGGCGUGACAAACAAAAAUAA